CGGACUCCAAUCUCGUACAAUCCCUCUAUGUCACGGUCAACAACCAUAUAGUUAAGGCAAACAGGGCUGGUCAUCUAAGGCAAGAGAGAGAAAGAUAGAAAUGGUUCGGAAAAUGGCGAAGCCUUUGGGAUCAACGGGAGAGUUCUUCAGGAGAAGGGAUGAGUGGAGGAAGCACCCUAUGCUCACCAAUCAAUUACGCCAUGCCGUUCCUGGCCUUGGUCUCGGUGUUGCCGCCUUCUGUGUUUACCUUGUUGGCGAAACCAUCUACAACAAACUUUACUCUUCCGAUCAUUCUUCUUCGUCUCACCAUUGAUAUUUCAAGAUUACAAGGUGGAAGUAUGGUAGGAUGCCGCUGAAUCUUUGUACUUAUGUUAUUCCUGAUUUGUGGUGUUCAACAAGUUGUUGCUUGGUAUGGGAUUUGUACUAUUUUUAAUUGGUCGUUACGUUCAGACAUAGUAAACUUUCUUUCUCAACAGCAGUGCAAACCUAUCUUGUUUACUACAAUCCUUUUUUGAGUUGUAAUAAAUUCUAUUGAGUUUUACUUUCUAUUUUCCCUCUGGUACAAUACUUC